AUGUCGUCGCCACUGGGAACCUCGCGUUACGACGCGUACCUUGUUCGCUCUUCAUCCCCCGACCUGCCUUCACUCGGCGACAUCUUCAAGAAAAGCCCCAAGAGACCGCCGCCACUCCGAAGUGGAAGCAAUGCCACCGCAAUCCCCGCUGCCGUCCGAACCACAUUUACCAGCGCCGCCGACAUAUUACGGGAGGCCCCAGAGAUUGACAUAGACACGGAACAAAUCACCUACUCCCCGCCGCGGAAACAAAAACCUGCCCGGAAGUCCAGAGCAAAGCCUCAACCGGCAAAGGAUCCGCCCGGCGGUGGGAAUGUAGUCCAGGUGGUGGAAUUGUCGCCAGACAGAUUCAAGACCAACGCCAGAAGUAGGAGCCACAAACCCCCGCCCGAGAAUACCCAUGUAGCCAUUCAAGCCGAGUUACCCAACGUGCGGGUGACGAAAGCGACUGCCGCAAACAAGAGCAAAGUGAAGAAGAAGGUUGAGACUGUGUCGAAUCAUUUCACCGCUCCUCAAAAGGAGCCGGCCGCUGCUGAAGAGCCCGCGGAGCCCCAUCAACCACAAGAGCCUGCGCUUGCUAGGAGAACCGACUGGACCCCUCCACGAGCAAACAGCGCUCCUAUCGUCAUCGACCCAGAGAAUGAUAACAAAGAACUGCUCUCCUCUGUCGAAAAAUCUACCGUGUCGAAAGAUGUGUUCCAAAAUCUAUUCGACGAGUUUGCGCACAAGAAGCUGGAUUCUGCGCUGCGAGUUUCUCGGGAGCCCUCUGAGACUGCAAGGGAUGUCUUGAAGAAGCGCAAGCGGCUCGACUUAGUCACGACCGCUGGCGAGAAGCAAGAACGGAAGCUGGUACAAUUGAACGAGUCCUCACCUACUAAGCAGCCUGCUGCCAAGAAGAAAACCACAACUAUUACCGAACUAGCCACAAGAGCCUACGCCAUGCCCGAAAUGCCAGACAUCGAUUUGUUGGCCCCCGGUAAUACGGAAUCUCUCUUGAAUUACUUUGAUACAGAUGGGCAUGUCACCUCGCUCGUCGAGCACCAAUCAAUUGUGAUGGAUAAAAACAACGAAAAGCCAAAAAAGAAGCCAGCAAAACCCCGAAAGAAGAAAGGGACGACAGCUGAAGACCCCAUUCUCCUUUCGCCCACUUCGGCAUUUAAGCAAUCAGUAGCUCAAGAUUUCGUGUUCGGCACUUCGAGCCAACUCGUUACAGAGGAUUCACCUAGGACUUUGCGUAAUCUACAGGCUGCCAUUCAGGCUUCAAUGCAGGAAGAUGAUCCCUUCGCUAGUUCGCCCACCACUCAUGUCGAGAAACGAAAAGGGUUAUGGCAUGCUGGGGCACGGGAUGAAGCGGGCGACCUGUUGGAAGCCGAUACGAUGGAUCUCGUGCGAGAAGAGGAAGUCACCACCAAUGCGCGAGACUUGCCCAGCAAUCCAACGCCAGCUGAAGAAGAAUUCCCUGAUAUCGACGACCUCUGUGCUGACUUGCCACAAGUGGUGGAAGGUUCCACUGAUCCUAAAUUACAUUUUUGGCGCUCACAAAAACACAUAUCGACUCCAGAUCCCACUGAAGCUGAUAUGCCCGACGGUUUCGAACCGCCACCUUCGUCACAGCUGCCGCCAUCCUCACAGCAGGCUCCAUCGAGUAAAACUGCAGCUCCAACACCAGCACCCCUACGGCCAAAAUAUGAGCUUUUUACCGAUGCUCAGCUGGCCAAGCAGAUCAAUUCAUACGGCUUCAAAUCUAUGAAGAGGCGACCAGCAAUGAUAGCACUACUGGAUCAAUGCUGGACAAGUCAACAUCCUGGUGCACCCGGCGUGCAACCCAGCAUUGGUUCAGUGGCUUCAGUAAGUACGUCUGCGGCCCAAAAUUCUCCCAAGAAGUCUGUUUCUGCAACAAAAGCCGCCGGCGCCAAGUCUGUCAAGAAAACACGCGGCCGACCCAGAAAGGACGAACAAGCGGCAGAGGCGGUGAGGCUUGAUGCAUCGCCGAAAAGAGGGCGAGGCCGUCCGAGAAAGCUAUCAACUGGAGAAAGUGAUAGCGAUGCACCUCUCGCAACGAGAGCCAGACCAACAACGCAGGCGAAAGGCAAGAAGCCGGCAAAGGAGGACGCCGAGAUUGCCGACUCUGAAAAUGACGAUUCUUUGUCGCUCUCUGGGCAGUCGGUGGCCGAUUCUGUGUUUUCGUCGCCUCCGCCGAUAGACUUAUCAAUGUCUGAGGAGGGUGAAACGUCACUCAAUUUAACCCCCACAGAACAAGAGGCAAACUUGUUCACGCAUAUCACCAAGGUAAUAACAUCUGCGCCGCGGUCAACAGAUCCAGAAGAACCAUCAUGGUAUGAGAAAAUGCUCAUUUAUGAUCCGGUGGUCCUGGAAGACUUGACUGCUUGGCUGAAUAUGGGCCAACUAACAAGAGUGGGAUACGAUGGUGAAGUCUCACCUGCUGAAGUCAAGAAAUGGUGUGAAUCCAAGAGUGUCAUAUGUCUUUGGAAAGCGAACUCUCGUGGUAAGGAAAGGAAACGAUACUGA